UGAGCCUAAUCGCUUUUUAGCAAAAAUGUUAAGGAAUCGGCAAAUAUAAGAAAAAAAAAUUAGCUGUAGUGAUUGUGUACCUUGAAAAAUUUUAUAUAAAACAAGAACUGAGCAUAGGGAACGAAAUGGAACAAGAAACAUCAGAAACUGAAGUAAAAGCAAUUUCAAAUGUUAAACUUGAACAAAUUAAUACAAAUGGCGAGAUAUCUGGAAACCGAACGACAGCAAGACUGGUGACAACGGAUGCAAACGGAGAAAACACAGUGGUAUCUGUACCUGUGUCAGUUCCCGUCAAUUCUCUUUUAGGCGGUGCUGCUUUUAGCGUGCUUACCUCGGAUCAAAUUCAACAUUUCAAACCAAUGAUAUGUGUAGACAACAACGGUUUUUUAUCAGGCAACAAUCUUAACGUGGUAGGUGAUUUAGCAAAUGCUGGAGAUUUGAAGGCAACACAUAUUGUUAUACAGCAGCAACAACAACAAACGAACGACAAUUCAUCAGGACAUCAAGAAAACAAUGGAAUUUCGGGAUUACACGAUAGCAAUCCAAAUCAAAUUCAGUCUCAUCAGAAUCUAGUGGGACAGACUGCGUCACAAGGUCUAAAUUGGCAAAAUUCAGAUCCAAGUCAGUUGGAGGUAUUACCAGUACGAUGUAAAACGACGACAGCAGAGCUGUUCAAAGCUCGUUUAGGCUCUGGUGGUAGAGGGCGAUGCAUACGACAUAAAGAAAACUGGUAUACACCUAGUGAAUUUGAAAAUUUAUGCGGACGUGGAUCUAGCAAGGACUGGAAACGUUCUAUUCGAUAUGGCGGACGAAGUCUACAAGCUUUAAUUGAUGAAGGAGUUCUUACGCCUCAUGCCACAAGUUGCACAUGCUCUGCAUGUUGUGACGACGAUUCUACGGCUAGUGGGCCUGUACGGCUUUUCACACCAUAUAAACGAAGAAGACGAAAUCAAGAUUCGCAACAGACACAAUUAGUACAAUCGCCUCAACAAACAACUAACAGUGCACAACAGCAUCACCAUCUGCAUCAACAGCCACAACAAAUUCAAAUACACCAAACUACGAUACAGAGUCCUAAUGAUCCAAAAAAGAAAAAAAUAAUUGGUACAACAACGACUAAAACGUUACAACCACCUCAACAGGCACAUCAACAGGAGUUUACAACGGCAAACACCACCACACAACCAAGCAAUCAUACGCCAACUGCCACUACAAUCAUUCAAACAAUAGAUGGUCAUCAUGUUGAUUUGAAUAACUUGACAACAAAAGAUGAGACGUGGCAGACAAUAACUGAUGGCUUAGAUACUAGCUCAGAAUAUGUUGAUCCAACUUCUCAAAUAAUGUCAGAAGCAAAUGUGCCGAUAGAUAGACUACGAAGUCUAUGUUCUCAAAUGGUAAAAAUUACGAACGACUUUAAGAGAUAUUUGGCCGAAACCAAAGAGAUCCAUGCUCGACAAAUUGAGCGACUGCAGCGAGAGCGGGAUACUGCAAUAUUGGCAGCAAGUCAAUUAGAAGAUCCAAAUAGCAUUGGUCAAUGCCCACCUGGUGUAGAAAUGCCAAAUAAAAAGUGUGCAAAUUGUAAUAGAGAAGCAAUGGCCGAAUGUUCUUUGUGUCGUCGAACACCGUAUUGCUCAACAUUUUGCCAACGCAAGGAUUGGAUUACACAUCAAAACGAAUGUGCUCGUAGUCAACCUGAACCUACACAACAAAUAAUGCUAAUUGUAAACGAAGAGGCAUAGUCAGCAUCAUAUCAAGAGUGACCAAUCAGGCACAAGCACAGCGUCAAACAACACAACUUUUUUUACACAGCAACGCGAGGUCAAAUUUUAUUUGAUACCUAACUGAAAUUAUGUUUUAAGACGAGAAAAAAAAAUAAAUUAGACUAAUUAAUAAAAAUCAUAGAAGCUUCUUUAAAAAAAUAUUCAAAUGAUGAUAAGUUGUAGGUGUAUAAUAUUGAACAUCCCCCAAGAAAUGGUUUUACCGUAAUUUUAGUACUCAAUAGGUGUAAAGCAAAAUCAUAAUAUAAGUCUUUGUAGUGAAUAAAAAAAACACAUCGUUGUUAAUCAAUUUUUUAUAUUUUUAAAUAUAAAAAGAGUUAGUGAAAAUGUAUAAAAACAUAAUUAACAAAGUCUAUGAGCUAAGAGAUUUUUGAAAAAUUUUCAACUUAAUUUUUAUUAUAUAAGGAAUGAAGCAAAAAAUAUAAUUUGUUAUUUGUUCUUUCUUCGAAGAUUUAAAAUUUGAAAAAAAUACUUAAUCUUAAUAUCGAUAGCAUACAUAUAUAUUUUUUACU